CCGGUAGGGCGUGGCCUUGAAGCAAAUUCCUCUAUCUGUCUGUCUCGAAGUUAAAAGGCUAACGUUUGUCUUUUUCGUUCUGCUUUUUCAAACACAUUUUGAGAAAAAUGUCCAAGUCUUUGAAGAAGAUAGUCGAAGAGACUCGAGACAAGAACCUUCCAGAGGUGGAUAUGUGCGACAGAGGCAUUUCGAAUAUGCUGGACAUCUCAGGACUGUUCACUUUGUCUAACAUUACUCAGCUGGUCCUCAGCCAUAACAAGCUGUCGGUGGUGCCUGCUAACAUCUCUGAGCUGAAGAACCUCGAGGUUCUCAACAUGUUUAACAACCAGAUUGAAGAGUUACCUACGCAGAUCAGCACUCUUCAGAAGCUGAAACACCUCAACCUCGGUAUGAACCGUCUGAACAGCUUGCCCAGAGGAUUUGGUUCGUUGCCAGCUCUGGAAGUACUGGACCUCACCUACAACAACCUGAACCAGAAUUCCCUACCCGGAAACUUCUUCUACCUUACCACUCUUCGUGCUCUCUAUCUCAGUGAUAACGACUUCGAGGACCUGCCUGCUGACAUCGGGAAGCUGACCAAGUUGCAGAUAUUAAGUCUGAGGGAUAAUGAUCUGAUCUCGCUGCCUAAGGAGAUCGGAGACUUGUCUCAGCUGAAAGAGCUCCACAUCCAGGGCAACAGACUGACGGUCCUGCCCCCUGAGCUUGGAAAUUUGGAUCUGACUGGUCCUAAACAGGUGUUUAAAGCAGAGAAUAAUCCCUGGGUCACUCCCAUCGCAGACCAGUUCCAGCUGGGUGUCUCCCAUGUUUUUGAGUAUGUUCGCUCGGAGACCUAUAAAUACCUCUAUGGCAGACACAUGCAGGCCAACCCAGAACCUCCAAAGAAGAGCAGUGAUAAAAGUAAGAAGAUAAGCCGCAAACCCCUGGCUGCCAAGAACAAGUGAAGAGAACGAAGAUGAAUGCUCAGCCAGCCAGCCAGCCAAACACUGCAUGUGCCUUUUUUCUGACUCAUUAUGAAAAACAUUUUGUAUUGUAUGGGCAUGUACAGUAUGUACUUGUCAUUAGAGACUUGUGGCCCCACAUGCCCACUUGAUGUAGCUGUGUCACAUUGUAGUUGCUCUUCAGCUUUGGCACAUCAUCAAGGGUCCAGUGUCAGUAACGACCGUAUUUCUAAUACGGUUUAGAGUAACUUAAUGUUUUACAAGCAUAUUGAAAACAGCAUAUUUAGAUGUGAUGAUAACAUCGUUUGUGGCUCAGUCUGAGACUCACCUCACUUGUUCUUGUGUUUGAACCUUGCUGUACUGUAUUUCACAUUCUCCUUGUAAAGUUAUUUUUCAAAGCUUUGCAGUGUCCAUUACAUUUCAACAUGUUGGAAAAAAAUGACUGAGUGUAAUCUGGUUUAAAAUUCAACAUGCUUUAAUCACAAACUAAAAAUACUAAAACUUUAUGCUAUAUAUUGAAUAUUUCAAAUAAAAUAAUCACAAAGAAACUAUAUUGUU